AGGACCUCAGAGAGCUCUUGCUGUGCCUUCAGGAGUUCGAGCUUCCCAUUGCCACCUGGCCGCCGGGAAGUGCCGAAGAACUGCUGCAGGAGCUCAGCAUUGGCUCCGCCCUCUCCCUGCGGCAAGGUCCCGAGACUCAACUGAUUUCCAUCGCACAUGAGUUGUGCCUGGAUAUUCGCCAGGACUCUGGAGCUUCGGAGCUGUGUUUGCUGGAACUGCACAGCCUUGAUGCCAGCGCGGAUGGACGAGUGCCGCUUGGAUUUUUCACUUCGGAAGCGCUCGUUGUUGUCCUGGCUGCAGCGGCUGCAUGAAGCGCUGGAGGCCCUGCAAUUGUCGGAGCUGGUGGAGGAUGAGGACGCAGCUGGCGGUGCAUGGUCUGAACAUGGCCAGAGAACUUCGCGGUGCCGGAGUCCUCUCUCGAGUUCAGGUGGCAGCGACCUGACAUGGCAACAUUCCCCCUCCUUCCCGGGUCUUUGGCUGCUUGGCACGGUGGAAAUGAUGCUGGAAACGAUGCCGGACUUGGACCCGUCACCACCGUUGGACCUUGCGCCUCGCGGCGCUCGCGGCGCCCGCCGCCACCGGCGGCGCCUUCACCACACGGCAGCGGCGCUGGGCCUGGCUGGCGCCCGAGGAGAGCUGCGCGCUGCGGAAGCGGCAGCAGCAGAUGGGCGUGGGACAGGUGAGAUACGAGGCCGGAGAUCUGGGGACCUCUGCAAAGUAUCAGAGGAGGGGCAAACUUUGCUCCACGCCGCCUGUGUGAGUCGGCAUGCGGCUCGACUGCUGCGACUCGUUUCAGAUCUUCUUCCAUAUGUGCAGGUGAGUCGCUGGAGUUUGAGUGACUUUUUGCCCCUGGAGCUGCCGAAAGUGCCCAAGGUCUUUAAUGCAGGGCCCGAUGGCAUGCCACACUUGCCAGACGCGGACACUUUGCUGGAGAAGUAUCAGGACGUGAAGCAGGACCUGAACUUCGCGGGGGGCAAAGGUUUCGCAGAGCAUUUGGCGAGUGUUGAGUUGGACGUACAGAGCAGCAGCGUCGACAGCUUCAGCGAUCACCUGGCGAAGGUGCAGAGUCAGAGUCGGCAGCACAUCGCGGAGCUGACAGCCAAGUAUGACGCCAAACUGCAGGAGCAGGAGAAGAACAAUCAGGUCUUGGUGCGCAGCAACGCUCACUUGGCCCGGGAGAUUCUGACGGCCCGGCAGCAGAGCGAGGAGAUGCAGAAGCAGGUCUCAAAGCAGCAGGCGCUGGUGCGCUUCCGGCGCCAGGAGAUCCAGGCGCUGCAGCAGCAGAUGGCCCGAGGUGAGAAAUUCCUGCAGCAGGAGGACAAGGACCCUCUGAAGGAAGCGCAAGAGGCAGAGGAUGCCACCGAAGAGGUCGAUGGAAUCUCCUUCCUGGAAGUGUCUCGCGUGCGCCGCCCAGCUGUGUUGGACGCCAAGACCUUCCUCGGCCGCGGCGCCACCGUGGCCAAGUUGGACGUCACCCAGGGCCUCGACGAGGACGCUGAGGCGACGCCGGCAGCGCUGGAGGCGGUGGCGCAGCCGGAGAAGUCGCUGGAGGAAGUGGUGCAGCCGAACAAGGAGGACAAUCAGAUCAUCAAUCUGCUGACGGAGGACUUGAAGAAGUUGCACAAGGCAGAGACCGAGAUCAAGAGCAACUUAAAGAAGAUGUUCCACCAGAGCCUGGAAGCAGGCAAGGAACGUCAUCAGGCGUUGGUGCAAGAGAAGGAAGUCCUCACCAAGGAGUUGGAAAGCACGCAGGCGUCGCUGAAGGCGCUGACGGGCAAGUCCCAGAAGCUGCAAAGUGCGGUGAAAGAACUGGAGCUGAGCUUGAAGAAAGGUGGCGCUUUCUUCCGCGACAUGCAGAAAGUCUCGGUAGCUCCUGUGAAGAAGGUGCCUGCUCUGCUGAAGAAAGUCCUGUCCCACUUCCGGGAACCUCCCAAGCCCCUGGCCCAGGAUCACCAGGGCCGCACGCCCCUGUGGCUGGCCGCCAGCCGGGCAGAUCGCAAGGCGGUGCAGCAGUUGCUGCAUUUCCGCAGUGACCCGGAGGCCACCGAUCGCCGCGGCGUCUCUGUCUUGGCGGCGGCGGUGGAGACGCGGAGAGAGCAGACCCUCGGCACAGUGAAAGAGCUGCUGGAGGGUGGGGCCAUGCCCAUGGAGGUGUUGAAGAAGCUGGAUAAGGAGGAGCGGAGUGACGUGCUCUCCAAGGGCAUCCUGAAGGUCUUGGUGAAGUCGGCCCUGCCGGGGAAGCCCAAAAAUGAUGGGCUUACGGCUGAAGCUGGGAGAAUUGGGUGGUUUAAUCUGACUAAACAAAUUGCAGUCGGAGAGUGA